AUGUCGAAGCUUUUCAUUGGCGGCCUUGCCUGGCACACUGACGACGUCGCUCUGCGCACAAAGUUCGAGGAGUUCGGCGUUGUUGAGGAAGCUGUUGUCGUCAAGGACCGUGACACCGGACGCAGCCGUGGCUUCGGCUUCGUGCGCUUCUCGAACGAGGAUGAGGCUGAUGCCGCAAUCAAGGCCAUGAAUGAGAUCGAGUGA